UCAACCCCCACCCCCACUCGACCAAAAUUGAGGAUCUGACCUCGACUCGAGAUCCAAAACCAUUCACAAACUCAACCCUGAUUCAAGACUCAAGCUUGGGCCCUCGACUUGAAACGAGAUUCGGAAUCUGACCCUAACUUAACUCAAGACUCAACCCUGACUUUAGAAGCAACUCUAACACAUAAUUUGAGAUUCAAGAUCACUUACCCGAGACCUAAGCCCAAAUGCUCAAUGUAAAAUUAAAGUUAUUGUACAUAAAUCAUAAUAGAGGAAAUAAGUUUCUUGUUAAAUAAAUUUCUCAGCAUCAUUUAGCCAAUAAUUAAGAAUGUUUUCAUUAACCUUGCACUAGAAGCGAACCAUCAUCAAAUUGGCCCCAUCCCUAAAUUUUCAAACUGCACAUUUGUCUUCACCUCUCCAAAUGGACCAAACAAGAAGCCCCCAUUUGAUGAAACCUGAAGAUUUCCUUCAGCAACUUCACCCAACCCCCACCCAAAAAUGCACCAUCGGCUGCCCGAUCCUCGACCGGCUCCUCAACGGCGGCAUUCCUUGCAAUUCAAUAACCGAAUUAGUCGCCGAAAGUGGCUGUGGCAAGACCCAAAUCUCCCUUCAGCUCCUCCUCUCCGCUCAACUCCCAACUUCACUUGGCGGACUUUCCGGUUCCUCGUUAUACCUCUUCUCCGAAUCACCCUUCCCCAUCCGCCGCCUUGUUCAGCUCUCUUCCGCAUUCCCCACUCUUAACAACCCCUUGGAGAAAAUUCUAACGCACCCUCUUCACUCUGCACACCACUUGUUCGACGUAUUGUCCGAAUUAGAUUCUCUAUUAUUGUCGGGUGAAUUUUCUUCCGAUCCUCCGAUUAAGCUGCUUGUGAUUGAUUCUAUUGCGGCUUUGUUUCGAUACGAAUUUGAAAACAACGCGCGUGAUCUUAAGCAGAGAUCGGGUUUGUUCUUCAGGAUUUCGAGUAAAUUGAAGGAGCAAGCGAGGCGAUUUGGGUUGGCUGUAGUGGUGAUUAACCAGGUUGUUGAUGUAGUGGAUAGUUCGGAUGGUUUAAGGAUUGGGAAUUGGACGUAUUUGUAUUCGUCUGAGAGGAAAGUGUGUGCUGCAUUGGGGUUGUCAUGGGCAAAUUGUGUUAAUACGAGGCUGUUUUUGACGAGGCAUGAAGAGAGAAUUGGUCAAGAGGUAAUUGGGGAUGAUCAUUGCGUUAGGACACAAACGCGGAGGUUUAUACGCGUUGCUUUUGCUCCUCACUUACCUGAUUCGUACUGUGAGUUUGUUAUUAGUAGAGAAAAGGUUUUUGGUUUGGAAAGAUAGGAAGAUCGGCUUGAACAAGCCGUGUAAAGAUUAUGUAUUUAACAGCAAAAAACAAUCUCAAAUUUGACGACUUUGUUUUGCAUCCAAUACUGGUCUUUGCUUCA